GCGGCGCCCUUUUGAUUAGGGCAAUUUCCGUAAAUUGCUUUAUAAGCUUAUUUAAUCUCAACACGUACUAUUUAUAUCCUACUUAAUUUAAUAAAUAACUGUUAGGUAGCUGCCAUAUUCUAAUUCGUAAAAUCCUGAUGAGAAAAGGUCAAAAACAAACUCGUAUUAAAUUAUCGACGGAUAUAAAAUCGGCGUAUCAAACUAAGUACAUGUUGCAUAUUGAAAAAGUAUCGAAUAGACACGUUAUUAACAUCAUGUAAUUUACACCUAAAGGGCAGUCCACAGAAUCGUUAUAAAUUCAAUCUCAGAAGAGAUGUACCAAAAUAAAUGGACUCUGCAUUUCUCCUUGUGCAUCCAUUUUUUUUUUCGUCUAAUUUCGUCCACUGCGCAUGCCCAGUACGAUCGCGCACACGCCAUCGCGCGCUUCGAAACAACGUUUCAAUUCAUAGAUUAAACAUCAGCCAUUUUGAGCCUAUAAGAGUCCUGUAUCGGUCAGAAUAAAAUGCUUGACUUUGCGUGCGGUCAGUGCGUAUUUGGUUAAAAACUUAAGUGCCAUAUAUACAAUUUAAAAACAGUGUUUGACAGUGCUAGUGACGUAUGAUUUUCAAGAAAAAUGGGCAAGAAAAAGAAAAAUAGCGGGAAAAAACGCGGAAAUCGAUUCUUCAGAUGGAUUAGAAGCGACCUACCGGACGAGGAGGACAAGAAAUCGCCUGUCCUGCUCUUAGGAGUGAACAAAAUCUCAGACUCGCCAUCCUUCAUAAGACGAAGAUCUAUAGAACCCCACACUUCUGGGUCCAUCCGUUUCUUCAGACCACUGAAGUCAAAAUACACGAGGGGACUUCAAGAUGACGAGCGAUUGGAGAAAAUUAGGCAGGAUCUGCUAGUCCAUAAAAGCAAACCAGACACAUACAUUCCCAAAGAACAUGAGGUAUCCCUGGAACCAGAGGAAAGAUGCUCAAAGCUCAACUGCGUAGGAAACUGCAUCUGUGACAGAAAGAAGAGUUCGACACGUGGUUCCUUCUCUUUCCAACGACCUGAGCCAGGCACGACGCACUACGAGCCGGAACCCAAAGACUUCUCUGAAAACGACAUCGAAUUUAAGUACACCGAACACAUUCCUCAUUCGCAACCCUCGAGUAGCAAACAGAGCUACAAUGUCACCCCAAAGUCGACGGAAAGACGCCAUUUUCUAUUAGCCAACCUCAACGAAAGGUUCCGAAAAACUUUGAGCUUAGAUUCCAGAAAGAUCGAAACGAAUCGGCAACCUCUGAGCUUACCAAAAGAACAACGCCCGAAAUCUCUGGUAAACACAAGUAAUAUCUGUGUCCAAUAUAAAACUGGGGAGUCUUUUGCGCCUGCAAAUUUUAGUAAAGCCACGCAACCAAAGAAGAAACGUAAAUCUUUUUUCUCUCUCGACACUUUCUUCGAUUCCAAAAAGUCAGAUACUUCAUCUAUAGACGAUUAUUGUUCGUCCAAAUACAAACGGUUCGAACUCGAAAGUGAUGAUUCUCCUCUCUUUAAAAGAGAUAACAAUGAAGUGAAAACUCCUGACUUACUAAACUUGCCUGUCAUAAUAGAUUCGGUGAGGAAAAAACAGUCUGAUACGAGAAGACAGUUGGAGAAAUUAGAAAACCAUUAUUAUAAGAACAUACAUAAACAGACUGUGAUUGACGCUGUCCCAAAAGACGCGACCAAUAUACAAAGCACAAGUGGGCAAACGAACCAUUUAUUCUUCGACGAAGACGUGGAAUAUAUUGAGCCUAUUCUUAGCACGUUCACGAGUCAAAGCACGCUAAUUUUGGACAAAAAUGCUUCGGAAUCUCCUAACAAUUUAAAACCAGACUCCAUUUUGACUAUAAAUACUGAUGAAACUGACAUAAGACUGCCCAGUUCGACAGUGUCACCAAAAUCCAAUAUUGACGAUUUUGACAGCAUAGGGGCGUAUGAAAUUGAGGUCAAAGAGUCUGAUCUUGCGAAGGUAGCCAAAGAUUUGACAGUUAAAGUUAUGGAUAAAUCAGUAGAUUCGAUUGGCAGUUGUUCUCUAGAUGUCGACGCAAGUACAGAUUUUUCAGAUACCACAUCCGGAAGUUUGAAUCUCCUGACGCCGUCGUCAACGACCAGUAGGAUCCGCGACUUCACAUCUCGUCUCCAAGAGCGAGCGGCCUCCAACCUCCAGCCCAACUACCUCUCCAGCCCGACCCCGGUAGCCACACCCGUCAGGACCCCAGAAGACACCACCCCCACCCCGAGAAAACCCUACGAGAAUCUCCUCAAACCACCCCCCAAACUCCAUGUAGACUCCUCCAGCCACAGAUCCAGAGGACACCACAAAAAAAGAGACGAAAUCCCUCACAAAAAACCAAGUUACUUAAAUCUCGCCUGCUCCGUCAACGGAUACACGAACCUCACGACAUAUGACUCGAAGUUGAGACAGGAUAUCAAUAAGAGUCGAGAAGCUUCGCCUAUCAGACCGAUAACACAUACUUACCAGUACAGAAGUGAAAAUAACUCGCUUCUCGUCCCCGUGCCCGUCAGCGCCAACAAACUGCUCGUCCCAACAUUCGGGCCCCAUGAUACUCGCGCCGAUUUGACACAGAAAGCGCCUACCAAGGCGCACACCGAUCCAUACCUCGCAACGUCACCCUUUAAUGUCUACAUGGCUGCGGAAAAUAAGCAGUUGAAAAACGACUUUUUAGGCAACAUGACGACUACGAGCCGUCCAUACAUAUCCAGCGAAAGCAAGAACUUCGCGACUUCGAUGCUCCACAAAACGGACGAAGUCGAUAACGCGAAAGAGAUAACGUUCAAAUCGAGUUAUUCGGAGACGAAUUUUAGGAAGACUGUCUCGUCGAACGGUAAGGAGAGCAGGUUUAGUUCUGAAUCCUACACGAUUUCCUCGAAUGGGGUCUCGAAAAGAGUCGAAAUUACGAAGGAGAAUGGAGAAAAGCUGACCAGCCCUAUGAAGAGCUUCAUACAGCAGAGAGUCGAGAGGUUGUACGGGCCUGGGGCUUUGGCGCAAGGGUUCUUCAACCAGAAACGCCACAAGCUUAAGAGCUCAAGCGAAGAUGACGAGCCGAAAGUCUUAACAGAGAAGUCUUUAAACACUCCAGAAAGACUGCCGAGGAAAGUGGAAGAAGUGGAAAACGUGUGUCUCAGUCCAAACGGAGAUAUGGACACGAGUGUGUCCCUCCCCGUCUUGAGGCAUCUGAGGCCAGAAUUCCGCGCCCAAUUGCCUAUUCUGUCGCCAAAGAAGUGUAUGAAAGACCUGUCUCCGCAGAAGAUUGAAGACAUUCCUAAAGUGGAAAAGACUGAUGUGAAAGAAAGUGAUGUAAGUGCAGUGUCGGUUACGAAUGGUGUUUCUGUGAUAAAGAUUGACAGUGCAGUGGGGGCUGAUGAGCCGGUUGUGUGCAGUGUAAAUGGUGUGAAGGACCAGGUGAAGGAUGCUCAUUAUUUCCUGGAUUUGGAGAAGAAGGAGACGGAGAGACUGCUGGCCUUGGCUGCGACCGCUGAAAAGGAAUUAGAAGACUUACAGAACCGAGAGGACAUUAGUGAGGAGGUCCUUGGUUUCCUACGCUCUGCAUCAGGCAAGGCGAGACUCCUGGCCACGCAGAAAAUGCAGCAGUUUGAAGGUCUAUGCUACAACAACAUCAACGAGCGGCUGGACGAGCCGUUCCCCACCACAGUUGAGGACCUGCAAGGGUUCUGGGACAUGGUGUGUCUCCAGGUCAAGAAUGUGGACGCACUGUACCAGCAAAUCGCAGAGCUCAAGGCGAACGAUUGGCAGGAGCUGGCAGCCCCUGUGAAGCCGCAGCCGGCCGCCGCCGCGACGCCGCGCCGCGCGCGCGCCGCGCCGCCGCAGCCCAACGAGAAGGCGCGCCUCGCCGCGCAGAAGCGGGAGGCCGACAGGAGGGCCAUGCUCGAACAUCGCAGACGCGUGGCCCGCGAGCGGCAGCUGGCUGCCCGCGCGGCGCCCUCCGCCAGCGGACAGGACUCCCAGGACAUGGGCAUCGAGGGAAGCCAGGAGGUAGAAAUAUUCGUCGGCAAAACAGCGAAACCAUCGAAAGUGGCGCCCAAAGGCGACUGCAUGAGCGCCGACAGGUCUGAUGAUUCGAUAGUCGACGAGAGUUGAUCAGACAGGGACCAAGCUAUCUACUAAACUACAAGUUUAAACAUUAGUUAGAACUAUAAACCAAUAAUAAAUAACGUAUUUGUUAAUCCACUGGCAUAAAAAUCUUAUUAGUCCGGCAGAUUGGAUUACUAAAAUAUUGUAUAAGUAUUUUUCGUUUUAUCACAUCUGUAAGAAGUUUAAAAGCACUUAAUUUGGGUAUUGGGGGCUAGAGACAUCACUCGCUAGUAAAAAGCGUACUGGUAUGUGACGUCACACAAGAUUUUAUAUCAGUGUAACACCUUCAAGUCAUGUUUACGAGAUAAAAGAAAAAAUACUUAUCCAAUAUUGUUUUGGUAAUGUAUCUGAUGGAUUAAACAUUUUUUUUGUCAAAUACCUUAAUUAUAUUACGCUGAACUGAAUCUGUGAACUAAUUGUAUAAUACUUAUUUUCUUAUGUUUUAUAUUUGGUGUCUCACUGAGUAAACGUUUCUACAUAUUUGAUAGUUGUCCUUGGACAGCUAAAGGCUUGUUUAGACGAUGUCUUGCAAGUUGUAAUACAUUGCUGGGUGAUACGGCAAUAGCAACAAAAGUGAUUGAAUAUUGACGUCAAUGUACCGCGACUUGCGUGUUUAUCUUGCACUGUCUAAAACGGCUUUAAUUUUGAUAAUUGUUCUAAUGUACUGAAUUGGUAUAGUCAUGAUAGUCGGUAGUAAUGAAGUUUAUAUAUAUUUGCAGUCUUGUAUUUGUGGUAAUGAAGUGUUAUAUUUGUUUAGGACAUCUGGUUCUUAUAAUACAUUUGACUUAAAGUAGAGUGCCAUGGAUUUUGUGAUCAAAAUGUACUGUGGCCAAAGUUAUAUAUUAAAUUGUUAUUAUUUGCAAUGAGUAAUUGCGAAAUUACAAGAUAUAGAUCGUUUUACCGUCGUUUUCUAUGUUAAAUCCGAACGAAUAGACAACAAUUUGAAUAUUUGAAGUCUAUUUGUCGGAUAGCAAAUAAGUUGAUCAUUUACUCCUAAUUGUGACACAUAAGAUCACGUAUCAAGUGCGACUUCCAAUGUUACAAUAAUUGUUAUUCUUUCAUAAUGAUUACAAGCGCCACAGUGGGCGUGUGAUAAUAUAAUUACAUUAUAAACGUCCAACGUUAUGAAAUGGUAGUUUCAAGGCUAACCACUGCUCUUUGAACACCAAUAUGGCGACUUUCAAAUAUCAUUAAAUCUUUUCCAUUGUUAUCAAUCACUAAACGAGUCUUUUAAAGUAAUAUUAUAAGAAUUGUGAAAGAGAUCCUACAUACAUACAGAGAUCUCUACGCCGUGCAUAGCGCUGUCACGCUUUCACAAUUGUUAUAAUAUUAAUAAUAUGGCCUCUACAUAUAGGACCUGUGUCCCCGUACACGCCUUUAAAAAGGACCGGGUCUCUUAUCAUGAAGUUCUCCCGUGACAAAAGAGAGAUAUAAAUAUCCUGAGAUUAGCGCGUUCAAACAAACAAACUCUUCAGCUUUAUAUAUUAGUAUAAAAGUAUAGUUCAAAAAGUUACCCAGUUCAGUUCAGCGUAUUAUAGUUGUCAGGAUUUUCAACAGUUUUUCAGCGCCUAAAAUGUAAUGCUUUGUAUGUAUAAAUUGGCUUGUCAAGCAUAUUUCUAAUAAAUUGUUGUCCUAUUAAAUGAUAAAUCUUGUCCUUUCGAGAAUCAAAGCUAUGAAUUUUAAUUAUAAACUUAAAAAUCCAUUAAAUAUUUGUAACGAAUUAUAUGAAUGUAACGUUAAAAAUAAUAGGUUUAUUAUUUUAAUUUAAAAUAACAUUGUCAAACAUAAGUUUAGUAGAUAAUUUAGUUAUACAAAAAUGUGUGAAAUAACCGGAAUGUAUGGGUUUGUAUGUAAUUUAAAAAUAAUGAAAUUAUGAUACUCAAGCACUAGGGA